AGUUCGAAAAGUAUGGCGGCGGUGUGUUUGACAACAUUAACAGAGCAGUGGAUACGUGACAGACUUCAGUUAAAACAUCCUUCUCUUGGUGAUGUUCGGACACUGAGUCUCCCAGGGACGCAUGAGGAGAAAAUCGGGCAUCUUGGAAGUGCUUUGAAUAAAUUCUUCCGUCUAAAGUCUCUGGAUUUGUCUUACAAUGCCAUCGUCUCGUUGGAGGGACUGAAGCACUUGAAGAAGCUGGAGAGGCUGAUUCUUUACUAUAACUGCAUACCAUCCCUAGAAAAAGUACAAGUGCUGUACGAACUGCCAGUUUUAAGGGAGCUGGACCUCAGGCUCAACCCUGUGACUAAAAAUUGCCCAGGGUACCGACCACAUCUGGUGCACGCCAUGCCCAGCCUGCGAAAACUCGAUAAUUUUCCAGUCAGAGACAAGGAGCGCAAAGCUGCAAUACUUGAGUUCUCCACUCAAUGUCCCUCUCUGCAGCACAGCAGCUUGUCCCUGGAUGGACAGCAGGGCCUAGGCCACGAUGCUAUGUUGAAUUUUGUUGAAGGAACAAUCAGAGGUCAAGGGGAAGCUGACGCUCUUUACAAGGAAGUGGAGGAGCUUAAAAGAGAAGAGCUCGAUGACUUUGUGGUGCAGAGGAGUUCAACUCCAAAGAAGGAAUUGGCCAAGUCCAUCCUUCGGUAUUCCUCCACCAAAAACUCUCUUGCUGAGUCCAAAGACUCACAGAUGAACACACUACUUCAUAAACUAAGCUCAACAUCACCGAAAGGAGCCGAAAGACCAAAAGUGUCGUUUGGUCCGGUUUUUGAGAAACACAAAACUGUGCCUGGAAAACAAAAACAAAACGACUCGUCCAGCCGAGCCAGGCAAAAGGCCAGGGGUCAUUUUACUGCAAAUCCUGCUGGAAGUGACCACCGUGGCUCUUCGUUUGGUGAAAUUUGCCCUCCUAGCCCGCUGCGUUCUGGUUUAAUCCUCGCAGAUCACUCUAACCCCGUACUAUAUCCGGCCAGGCUGACCUACUCGAACUUUAACAAGGCGGAAGGGAGAUCUGACCCGCAGCCGCAAGCUGAAAAGAAAAAAAAGGGGGGUUACCGGAAACCCCUGGAGAUGCUCCUCAAUUUGGUGGACAAACACUGGCGGGGGGAGAGAUCGCUGCAUCACAACAACAGCUUCCUGUCUCAAGCGGUGCAGAUCCUCUCCAUGAUGGAGAGCAAUAUUUCCAGUCGGGAGGCUGAGGUCAGGACCUUAAGACAGGAAGUGAACGCGCUUCGCUUUCAAGCGCUCUCCCGAGAGAACAAACACAGGACAGAAGCGUGUGACCUCUCCGCCCAGCUGGAGGAAGCUCGCACAGAGGCGGGCAAACUGAAUGAGCAGCUCAGGAUCGUGUUGGAGGAAAAUGUCGCCCUGCAAAAACAACUCAUCAAGUUAGAGCGGCAGUAUCUGAAGUCGAUGAUGAAAAGUUCUCCGGUUACUCAGAUCCGAGAGGCUCAAACAGAAGUGGAGGAGCUGAGGAAAGAGAUCGAGGGCCUCAGGAAAAAAGUGCAGGAGGCCGAGAAACUCCACGAACUGUCAAACAUGCUUCAGGAGAGCCACAGGUCCCUGGUGGCUACAAAUGAAUGUUUGCUUGCUGAGCUUCGGGCAACCGCGGAACAUUAAAGCCAUAUUGAGACCCGAGGAUUGCGUGUCAAAGCAGAAUUAUGCCAAGCUUCAUAUAAGCAGUCAGUCGUGUAUCCAUCUGCUUUCUACGCUGCCGUGGAUUGAAUGCAUCAGGACUGCGGCUGCACUGUGACUUUAUUUAUAUGUCUGCCUCGGGUCCGGAGAGCCGCUCGCACACGCACACUCUCCUCCUGCAAGCCUUCAUACGAGACUUGGCUGAGCGCCUUUGAAGCGAGCUGAAUGUAGCCGCUGCUUUUAUCCUGAUUUUACAGGUCACUGAGCGAAUGGUGCGACCGCCGCAGAAGCACCCCUGAAAAG